CUCUCCCUCAUGUUCUCUUUCUGCUUUUCCUUUUUCAACACGUUAUUUCUUACAUCUGUUUUGUUCCUCGCCCUCUUGAAUUCCUCCUUAUGAAGUCCUAUAAUCAUAAUAAUUUUUCUGGUUUGCAAAGUUUGGAUUAUAAUUUAUGAUUUAUAGGUGGGGUUGUAUAUAAUUAUUUUCCAUAUGAUAUGAUAUGAUAUGAUAUGAUAUGAUAUGAUAUGAUAUGGUAUCUCUUGCCUUUUCCAUAAGUUUUUGUGUGUUUUUCUCCAUUGAUAUCUACAUAUAUCAGGAGAAUUUUCAACAACCUAGUUAAAGAUUGGAGGAACAUGUCCACUUGUUGUUACCUGGUAUGGUUAACAAAUGAAAGCCAACAUAUUUGCCUUCAAAAGAUAUCUUUAGCACUUCCAAUUGCUCUUACAAAUGGAGGAUGCUGAAGACAAGCCAUCCUCAGAAUCAGAAACCUCUUCAACAAGUGCUGAACUGAGGCCACAAGCAGAAACCCCUGAAGAGAAUACUGCUAUGAUAAAUCCACCCGAUAGCCAGUCUUCCAUUGAAGCUGCCACCAAUCAACUCAGUAAUAAUAGUAGAGUGGAACCUGGCACUCAUUUUCCAGGAACUAAGUUCUCAGACUUAGAAGAGUCCCUAAAAGCUUCUGAUGGUCAAACUGUAGGACAGGAUGAAUAUCAUCACACUGAUAAUGAUAAUCCAUCUUCUACUCCUAAAGCCACAAUUCAUGAUACAGAACAAAGCCACCACAUGGUAUCACAUCCCGAAUCAGGAGCUUUAGAAGAUGUCUUUAACAGGCAGCAGGAUGGUGUUUCUACCACCACUGGUACCGAUGAUGUUGAUAAUUCAAUGAAUCUCUCACCUUCCUCUUCUGAAACAACAGAGUUGCAGACUAAUCCCACAGAACGAAUAACAGACCCACCUCAAACCAAGGUUAAUGAUGUUCAUGUUCCCAUAGAUAAUUCAGCUUCAACACCAAAUGUUAGUGUUCAUGUAAUAGAACAAAGCAACCAGGGAGGGAUGUCUGCAGAUUCUGAAUCUCAAGCUUUAGAAGAUAUCUCAAACGGGCAGCAGGAUGGUGGUUCUACUCUCAGUGCUGGAAGUAAUGUUGGUAAUCAGAUGGAACUCUCAAAUUCCCCUUCUGUGGAAAAAGAGUUGCAGAAUGACCACAAAGAACUAAUGGUAGAUCCAUCUCAAACAAUGGAUAUUGAUGCUGCUGAGAGAGUUGUUGGAUCACCUGCUGGCACUGCUAGCAAUGAUGAUGAUAAUCAGAUGAAACUCUUGGCUUCCUCUUCAGAAAAAAUAGAUUUGGAAAAGGAUCAGAAAAAACCAAUAAUUGAUCCAUCUCAAACCACGGAUACUGAUGCUGCAGAGCUAGCUGUUGGUUCACCUGCUGGCAAGGAUGAUGAUAAUCAGAUAGAACUCUUGGCUUCCUCUUCUGAAAAGACGGAUUUGCCAAGUGAUCACAAAGAACUUAAGAUAGAACUGCCUCAAACGGAAAUUGAUGAUGUGUCUGUCGAAGCUGUUGACUUACCUUCUGUCAGUGAUGAUAAUCAGAUAAAACUAUUGGCGUCCUCUUCUGAAAAUGUAGAGUUCCAGAAUGACCAGAAAGAACUAACGACAGAUCCGUCUCGCAAUAUUAAUGAUGUUGUUGUGGGAGCUGUUGACUCACCUACUUAUGCCAAGCAGAUUGCUGAAAAAAGAGGCCUUAUUGAUACAGCAGCUCCAUUUGAAUCUGUCAAGGAAGCUGUUUCCAAGUUUGGAGGCAUUGUGGACUGGAAGGCUCAUAGAAUCCAGACCGUGGAGAGACGCAAGCAUGUAGAACUUGAACUUGAUAAGGCACAGCAGGAGAUCCCGGUGUACCAAAAAAAAUCACAAGCUGCUGAGCAAGCAAAAAUGCAAGUACUGUUAGAGCUGGAUAGCACAAAGAGACUAAUAGAAGAACUAAAACUUAACCUAGAGAGGGCACAAACAGAAGAGCGUCAAGCAAGACAGGACUCAGAACUUGCAAAGCUGAGAGUGGAAGAGAUGGAGCAAGGUAUUGCUGAUGACUCCAGCAUUGCUGCCAAGGCACAGCUUGAGGUAGCUAAAGCCAGGUAUUCAUCUGCUAUCACGGAGUUAACAUCUGUUAAAGAGGAGCUGGAUGCAUUGCGUGUGGAAUAUGCAUCCUUAGUUGAUGAAAAAGAUGAAGCUGUUAAGAAAGCUGAAGAGGCUGUUGCUUCAUCAAAGCAAGUAGAGAAGACAGUGGAAGACUUGACUAUUGAGCUCAUUGCCACAAAGGAGGCACUGGAAUCUGCUCAUGCUGCACACAUGGAAGCAGAGGAACACAGAAUAGGGAUAGUCAUGGCAAGAGAUCAAGAUUCUCUCAAUUGGGACAAAGAACUUAAACAGGCAGAAGAAGAACUUCAGAGACUCAACCAGAAGAUUUUGUCUGCUAAUGAUCUCAAAUCUAAACUCAACACAGCCUCGGCUUUGCUGCUUGAUUUGAAAGCCGAGUUAAAUGUUUAUAUGGAAUCAUCUAAGUCUAAGCAUGAAGGUGAUGAAGGAGAGUUAGAGGAGCCAGAGAAGAAGACUCACAGUGAAAUACAAGAAGCAGUUGCAUCAGCCAAAAAGGAGCUUGAGGAAGUAAAGCUUAACAUAGAGAAAGCCACCACUGAGGUAAAUUACCUAAAGGUGGCUGCAGCAUCAUUGAAAUCAGAACUUGAAAAUGAGAAAUCAUCUCUUGCAUCGAUUCGACAAAGAGAGGGAAUGGCCUCCGUUACGGUUUCAUCUCUUGAAUCUGAUCUACACAACACUAGAUCAGAAAUGGCUUUGGUUCAGAUGAGGGAGAAAGAAGGCAGAGAGAGGAUUCAGGAGCUUCCAAAGAAACUACAGCAAGCAGUUGAAGAGGCUAAUCAGGCCAACUUGUUUGCUCAAGCAGCUCGCGAAGAGUUGAGGAGAGUGAAGGAGGAGGCAGAACAAGCCGAGGCUUGUGCAAGUACAAUGCAAAGUAAAUUACUUGCAGCACAAAAAGAGAUAGAGGCUGCAAGGGCCUCUGAAAUGUUGGCAAUAGCAGCAACUAAAGCAUUGAAUGAGUCAUCUAGGAACAACAACAAUGAAGCAGUGGAUUCAUCCUCUUGGGUGUCGGUUUCGGUGGAGGAGUACUAUAAUCUCAGCAAACAAGCACAUGAAGCAGAAGAUCAAGCCAACAUUAGGGUUGCAGCUGCUAAUUCUGAAAUCAAGAUAGCUAAGGAGUCUGAAUUGAAAACCUUGCAGAAGUUGAAUGAUGUGACUAGAGAGAUGGCUGCUAGAAGGGAGUCUCUGAAGAUUGCAAUGGAGAAAGCCGAAAAGGCAAGGGAAGGAAAAUUAGGUGUAGAACAAGAAUUGAGAAAAUGGAGGGCUGAACAUGAGCAAAGAAGAAAAGCUGGUGGAUUGGGCCAAGGAGAAGUAACGCAAAGUAGAAGUACCAAGGUUAGUUUUGAGAGGCAUAAGGAUGCAAAUAAUUUUGACCAAGCUCAUAAUGCAUCUAUGCCUGUACAUUACUUGUCCAGUUCAAAGUCUUAUCUUCAUUCAAAUAGUGGAACUGUACCAUCCCCAGAAACAAGAAAGAAGAAGAAGAAGUCAUUUUUCCCAUGGAUUUUGAUGUUCUUUGGUAAAAAAAGGUCGCAUUCAACGCAUUGAUGAUAGUCCCUUGUUGCACUGUUAUGCUGCAGAUAUCUGAACAUCUCAUCCUUUUGGAGGUUAUUCAAAGUUAUACCAUACUUGUACAUGUUAGUCAUUGCUGUGUGUAUGAUAAUGGUUCAUUGCAUUAUACUCCAUCUCACUGAGAGGAUUGUGAAUGGUCUCCAACUCAGCGUUUUAUGAGGACAUACAAAUAAGUUCUGCAUCCCUGGUGAGAAAAGAAAAAAUAACAUGAAUAUGUAUCAUGUAUAGGCUUCUGAUGUAUUGAACCUCGGCUUUUGUAAAGAUCUGUGAGAUUUGAUCGGAUCAAAGAGAUUUUUUGAGUUUGAGAUUUGAAGUAUUAUGAAUGGCAUGGUGUGUGCAUAUUGGAGAUAAAAGUCAUCCAACUGAGCCGGGGAAAAGCAACAAAGCUUCUAUAUCAUGUAAAGGCCAAAGUCACUUGCCUUUAAAUAAAUUUUGCUGAACAAAGGUUAAA